CAACAAGAGCCAAGACUGGCGCUCGCAGUUGUCUUUUGUCGGCUCGUCGCUUUGUCGGUGAACGCGAGCAGGAGUAGCGCACUCGUAGGCUGUGUGUCACUCGCGGAAUUGUCAUCUUAAACUCGGGCGGAUUGUGCUGAAUGCAGGGUCGGAAGGGUCGCGAUUUAUCGGCGUGAGUCGCGAGCACGGGCAUGUGCAUCUGUUGAGCGCAGCAUUUGGGCUGUUGCUGCGGUGCGAGGCGGCGAGAGCGGCGCCGAUUGGCAAACCAGUUGGUGCCCUAGUUAAACUAUAGGAAUGGCCUUAUAGCUGCAAGGCUUAUUAUUUCACCAGCCUACCAACAACACACAGACAGUAGCCCGCCCAAAAAGUCGAAGAAAGCGAAAUACCGACUGACGUCCAUCGCCUUUUGUGGUCGUGAUCAUGGAGUCGGAACAGGUGCAGUUCGGGGUGACCCUGAAGCAGCUCAGGGACUUGAUGGACCUGAAGGGUGCCGAGGCCGUUGAGAAGAUCCAGGAAAUGGGAGGCAUCAAGGCACUUUGCAGUAAACUUCAUACAUCGCCUAUUGAGGGCCUCAAGGAUUCGCCGCAAGAAGCAGAAAGACGCCGCGAAGUGUUCGGUUCCAACGUAAUCCCGGCCAAGAAACCCAAAUCGUUUCUUUCCCUCGCCUGGGAGGCGGCGCAGGAUUUCACUCUGUUAAUUUUAAUCGUAGCGGCGUUCACGUCACUCGUACUUGGCUUCAUUGUUCCCGAAGACGAAGUAGCCCAAAAAGCCAAGGAGGGAGAAGAGGAGCACCAUGGGUGGAUCGAAAGUUUGGCCAUUUUCAUAUCAGUCAUCGUUGUUGUCUUGGUCACUGCCUUCAAUGACUGGUCCAAGGAAAGACAGUUCCAAGGCCUGCAGGGAAGAAUUAAGGGAGAGCACAAAUAUUCUGUACUUAGAGGGAACGAAGUCAUUCAGAUUCCUGUUGGCGAUAUUGUUGUCGGAGACGUCUGUCAGGUGAAAUAUGGAGACCUGUUGCCCGCCGACGGAAUCAUCAUCACAGGCAAUGACAUGAAAAUGGAUGAGUCGUCACUCACUGGCGAGUCGGAUCACGUAAAGAAAGGAGAAAACACAGACCCUAUGCUUCUCUCAGGCACCAAUGUCAUGGAGGGCAGCGCCAGAAUGCUGGUCACUGCCGUAGGCAUUAAUUCGAAAGCCGGCAUCAUUUUCACUCUGGUGGGCGCCGCGAAGCAGAAAAAGAAAGAGAAGAAGGGUAAAAAUGACGACGCUUCUAGUUCAUCAAGCAACUUUGGGGGCUCCACCGACGAAAGCCACGACAAAAAGGAAAAAUCCGUGCUACAGUCGAAACUUACGAAAUUGGCUCUCAACAUUGGAUAUUUUGGUACUGCCAUUGCCCUGCUGACGGUGGUCAUCCUCUCCACCAAAUACACCAUCAACACAUACAUCAUCGAAGAGAAACAAUUCCAAUGGUCUCAACUGAAUGAGUACAUAAAUUUCAUCAUCACCGGUGUCACUGUCCUGGUCGUCGCCGUGCCUGAAGGUCUUCCUCUUGCUGUUACCCUCUCUCUGGCUUACUCUGUCAAGAAAAUGAUGAAGGACAAUAACUUGGUGAGGCAUCUUGACGCUUGCGAAACGAUGGGCAACGCAACUGCUAUUUGUUCGGACAAGACUGGUACUCUCACUACAAAUAGAAUGACGGUUGUUCAAGCAUAUGUAUGCAAUAAACUGGCAACAACUUGUGCCGAUUUUGCUCACAUCCCUCCUGAAGUGGAAGAAAAAUUGAUCAAGUCAAUUGCGAUCAACUCGGCCUACACAUCACGCGUCAUGCCUGGAGAACCGGGCGAGCUGCCUAAGCAAGUUGGCAAUAAAACCGAGUGCGCCCUUCUUGGAUAUGUGACAAGUCUGAAUAAAAGCUAUGAGAAUGUUCGGUCCCAAUGUCCCGAGGAGACGUUCACCCAUGUUUAUACCUUCAACUCGGCUCGUAAGUCGAUGGGCACUGUGAUUAAAAGUGAAGAAGGUGGAUUCAACCUGUUUGCCAAAGGCGCCUCGGAAAUCAUGCUUCAAAAAUGUUCUUACAUUUACGGAAAAGAUGGUCAGAUAGAAGAUCUGACAAAGCAGAAGAAAAAAGACAUCAUCAACAAAGUGAUUGAGCCAAUGGCCUGCGACGGACUGCGAACCAUCUGCAUUGCUCAGCGCAACUUUGUCUUUGAAAAUCGGGCCAAGAACGACAAGAAAAUUGACCGCGAACCAACUUGGGAGGAAGAGGACGACAUUUUUUGUGAUUUCACCUGUCUCGGGAUUGUCGGCAUUGAAGACCCCGUCCGACCAGAAGUGCCAGAUGCGAUCAGAUUAUGCCAGUCAGCUGGCAUUACUGUCCGCAUGGUCACUGGAGACAACAUCAACACAGCACGUUCAAUUGCCACCAAGUGUGGAAUCCUGCUGCCUGGAGACGACUUUUUGGUGCUAGAAGGAAAGGAUUUCAACAGCAAGAUCAGAGAUGGUGGUAACAGUGAGCAAAUCAACCCCGAGUUGUUUGAUAAAAUUUGGCCCCGUCUGAGAGUGCUGGCAAGAUCUUCUCCAACUGACAAGUACAACCUUGUCAAAGGCAUCAUUGACAGCAAACUUAACCCCAACAGAGAAGUGGUCGCUGUCACCGGCGACGGCACAAACGACGCCCCAGCCCUCAAAAAGGCAGACGUCGGCUUUGCAAUGGGCAUCGCCGGCACUGAUGUGGCCAAAGAAGCUUCGGACAUCAUCCUGACGGACGACAACUUCAGCAGCAUCGUCAAGGCAGUGCUGUGGGGCCGAAACGUUUACGACAGCAUUGCCAAAUUCCUGCAGUUCCAGCUGACGGUGAAUGUGGUUGCCGUCACGGCUGCUGUCAUCGGCGCAUCCAUCCUCAACGACAGUCCUUUGAAGGCUGUCCAAAUGCUUUGGGUCAACCUGAUCAUGGACACUCUGGCCUCCCUUGCGCUCGCUACUGAACUUCCAACUCCAGACCUGCUCCUCAGAAAGCCCUACGGACGUACAAAAGCUCUUGUGUCAAGAAGAAUGAUGAAAAACAUCAUUGGACAAGCAAUCUACCAACUGGCCGUCAUCUUUUUCCUUCUCUUUGCUGGUGACAAACUGCUCCAAAUUGAGUCAGGACGUGACGAUUCAGGACCAAGCCAACACAUGACAGUUGUGUUCAAUACUUUCGUGAUGAUGACCCUGUUCAACGAAAUCAAUGCAAGAAAGAUUCAUGGACAGCGUAAUGUGUUCCAGGGGAUCUUUACUAACCCUAUCUUCUACGGUAUCUGGAUUGCAACCUUUAUCCUUCAGAUUCUCAUAAUUGAGUUUGGAAGUGCAUUCUUCUCAACAAAGGACCUUACCAUUGAACAAUGGCUGUGGUGCUUGCUCUUCGGCAUUGGUACUUUAAUCUGGGGUCAGAUAAUAAUCUCGCUUCCCAAUAGAGUUGUUCCAGAGAAACUUUCCCUGGGCAAAGAUGAUCCAUCUUUGCAAAAGCUGCCUGUUGGAAAACCAAGCCCUGGCCAACUACUGUGGGUGCGAAGUCGGAAAAGAAUACUGUCUCAGAUCAGAGUCGUGAACGCGUUCAGAGCAACAAUCGACACCAACAGACUGCAAUUAGCAGCUUUUAAGAAAAUCGAGGCUACGUAAGAGUCGUCUUGUGUUGCAUAUAGCUGAAAGAAUGCAUCACAAGUACUUUUUUGUUAAAUAUUUAGUAAUUUAUGAUUUCAUUCUCCGAAGUGAUUUUUAAAAGCGUUUUAUCUUCAUAGAUAGAUAUGUGUAAAUAGCAUGAAUAAUUCAAGAGAAUGUGAGAGGUUUUUCCGAUUAAUAAUUUUAAUCACCUUUUAGUAAGCAAAGAGAAAUGCAAUGUGUGCUCCUAUGGAUUAAGCAAGUGAAGAGGAAAAUAACUUAAUUAUAAUUGAAGCAAAUGCAUACUAUUAACUAAAUAACACACAAAAUAAACUUCUCUCCUAUUUAUAUUCAAGAUGAAGAGUAGAAUAUCAACUUGAGGAAAUAUGAAAAGAGUGAAUACUGAAGUACUAUUGGCCUUCUCUAAUGUGGUAAAUUUUCUAGAUACGUUGUUAACGACUUUUGAAUGUUACUCUUUGAAAAUUUUCUAUUGCAUAUCUUGAGCAGUGUUUCAAUCAAUUUAAAAACUGUAUAAAUCACGAAUAAACGGGUCGCCCAACAGUCUGUUAGGCUCUAAGAACUCUUUCCGCAGAUGUUGGAAAUUUAUAUAAGACAAAGAAAUCCUUUUCUCGGGCGGCAAUCAGACAGACUAACCGGAGAGAAAUGGGGAAAAAAAUAACCUACCUGUUGGUGUACUAUUUUUAAUAUUCCACGUUUUGCGUGCAUUCUACUUAAGACAAGAAAACUUAAAACUGUUUCACUGUGGUCAUAUCCUCAACCAAUAAUUAUAACGAGACAUAACUACAUUUACGAUUAAAAGGGAUAAAUAACGAGCUGCGGUGAGAAUUUAAGAUAAAAGCAAACAAUAUCCAUUGUAUGUGUUCAUAGAGGAGAAAUUGAAAUACUUUUACAAAUGACAUGCAGUGUACAAUAUAUAAACAAAAAUAAUUUUUCACUUGAGAAGCACACGCAAGAGAAUGAGGAAAAUUUUUGUCAUUCCUCUAUCUCGAUCAUCUGCAAUUAUUAUUGAAAUCACUGCUGCGUCAAAAUGCUGUGUACUCUUGAUACUUUUCAAGCAGGCUUUGCGCGUCUUUGCAAAAAAGCAGUUUUUUGCCUCACAUUAGAAUGUAGUCACGUAGUGGGCCUGCCUUUUUUAAUAGAAUGUAAAAUCAGUCGUUGAAAUUAAGAAACAAACGAUAUUGAUUGUAUUGUUGCACUUAAUAACUUUUCUCGUUCCGACAAAGUGCAGGAACUGUUGGGAUAAUGAAAGACAGACAAAAGCCAGCCAACAGCCGUGCCAGUUCUAUGAUUGUUGAUCACUGCCUUUUCCAUGAAAGUGUAUGUUCGAGUGCUGUAUUUUGGGAUAAAAACAGUUAAGAUGGUGAUGAGAAAAACUACAAUCGCGCAUGCAUUUUGUUCUACCUCUGUUGUUUGAGGUGUACUUCGAUUGUUGCCGUGUUAAAAGAGGCUAAGAAUUUUUUGGAGAGUUAAAUUCUCUAUAGUCGUCUCGUAUGAGACAAUCUCCAAUUGCAAUACAAAAAGUUGACUUUACAAAGUUUAUUUCUUGUCAAAUUUGGCCAAAAUUUGCAACUCCUCGGUUGAGACCAUUCUCAAUAAAAACUCAUUUUUAACUUUCCAAAAAUUGAAAAGCCCAAAGUCUGUGAGAAUUUUUCACUGCCCUCUCGGCGACAGCAACUUGGUUUUAUUCCGGCAUUUUCCACUUUCCUUUUUCCAUUCCGUGCAAGUGUUUAAUGCUAUUCUAUGCUAUUGUAAUUUCUCUUCACUACUUUUCUAAUAAUCAAUCUAACGUUUUUUCUCGCUAAAAUUUCAUCGCAAACCGGGGGUUAAUUGUUCUCGCGAUUGAUAUUUUUAUAAUCGUGUUAAGGUUGAGUCUCGGUCGUUUGUUGACGAGAACGAAUUGUCUGUAAAAAAAUUUGCAUUGUUAUAAAAUGAUCACUUUUCAUUCAUUUCUUUAUUUUUUCAUAACUUUUGUCGCAUCUUUUUGCCUCUUGUAAUUGCUGUACAAAACAUUUAUUUCGGCCAGUUUUAACUUAAUUAAUUUAAAAUUAAACCAAAAACCAAAAGUUUUAAACGAUCUUGUGAUUUUUCCAAUUUGAGGAAAACCAACGUGUCGGAAAUUUCUCCUGUGAGAUGAUUAAACUGAUUAAUCAAGACUUACUAACAUUUGAAGAAGCGUGUAUUUGGCAGUUAAAUUAUAUAUUAAUGUGUGCAAAUUCACGCGAGCUUAUUUAUUGGGCAAUACAUAUUAUCCUUCUGAAAAAGACUUUCUUGUUGUGCACUUUUGCUAAUCCCUUUGGCUGUCUUUUUCAUAUAGUUGCUUAACUUGUUCAUUCGCUAUACUAUUUGUUGAUAACGACUUACAUGAAAUCAACUCUGGCCCUUUUAAAAGUUAGUAAAACUAGAGAUGCUGCGUAGAAGCUCUCUCCGUCGGUGAGUAGAUUGUAUAGAAAUCGCAAGAACAACUUGAUACACGCGAAAAAGAAAUAAAUAUUCUACAGUAAUUAUUUAUUAAAAAAAAAAUGUAGCGUAAAAUAUUAGAAUCAUUUAAGUCUGAUUGAUGUGGUGCAAUAUCUUAAAAAUGAUAAAGGACAAAAAAUACUGAUUUUUGGUCGAAAACUGGCAAAUUUUCUAAUAAGUAUGGAAAAAUGUACUUCAGAGAUAACUAAACAUGCACGCCAAGAAUAUAUUACAUGAAAAAAUGAUAAUAUUCUAAAGCUGUAUAUCUUUUUGAUUAACCUGUCAUGAAAGAUGUGCGUAUCUUUGUUUGAAACUCACUCCUUAAUUAAUAGUGUGGAAUCAAAUCUAAAAAAAUUGUCGAAAGAAGUUGAUGGUCAGAAUAUCGUUUUGCAGUAUUUAAUUUUUAAAGAGAGCUAAGUUUAUAGCUGAUUGCGUUAUAUGUCAAUCAACCGUGGGAAAUAAUUUUAUUACCUCUUAUUAUGGUAUGUACAACCUAUGUAUUUAUAAUCUUUGAUUAUUAUGCAUAUUUAAGCGUACUUACGUUUUUGCAAAAAGCAGCGAUCCAGAGUCAGCACGGAAGUAAUUUUAUUUGUGUUCACUCCACAUUUCCUUAUGGAUAAUUUUGUAAUUUUUUCUGCCGUUUCGGCAGAAAUUAAUUUUUGUGUCCUAUAUCUAAUAUUAAAAUUCCUGAUUUUUUGUUCACUUUCACUUACAUAUAUACAUUGUAAGCGCGUGUUUGCAACAAACACUGACUUCUUAAUUUUCACUUUUACACAUUCACUAAAACUGAACAGCAUCACUUAAUACCAAUAUUUUUACUGUAAAAAACUCUUGUUUAAGAUCAUUUAAGCACCGCGAUAAAUUACCACUACUGUUAUUAUUAAGUAUGGGACCACACACUCUAUACUCUCGAUCUAGAAAACUUUUCCUGCAUUCUGUACUAAUGAAUAAAGAUUAAGCAGUGAGACGCAUGAUUAACUAUUUUGUUUGUAUUGUAUGGGAAAACAUAAAAUUAUAGUAGAAAUUAGUGAGUACCGCGAAGUUUCUUCAUGUAGCGCCUUUUCCUUAUUAAUCGAAAUUAAUACACUAAAAUGAUAAACAGUCCUCCGAUAUCUCCAUUUGAAUAAAACACAAGAUUGGAGAUGCGCAUAUAUAUUAAAAAAUAAAAUAAAUAAGCCUUAAAAGUUGA